AUGAACAAAGCUCGCGCCAUGCUGGACGCUUUGAUGGGCCCUGGCCGUGACCAGAUCGAAAAGGAGGGCAAAGGGGUCAAAGAAAAGUUCAAAGAUGACAGUGUGUGCAAGUCCUUUCUUGUUGGACUAUGCCCACUUGAUGCGUCCAUUCUGGGUGGGAAGCGCAAAUUCAAGGUGUGUGAGAAGAUCCAUUCUGAGUUGAUGAAGGACCAGCUUGCAAAACAUCCCGAUGCAGAGCAACUCAAGCGCGAGUACGAGAAGACACAAAUGCGAGAUUUGGACUUUGUCAUCCGGGAAUGUGAAGCACAUAUUGCUUCGGAGAAAAAUCGGAUACGGGAGGAUGUCCGACGAAAGAAGCCGCCCCUCCCGAUCCAAGUGAAUGACAAGCUGGCACAGAUGAAGCGAGAAAGCUCUGCACUGAUUCAACGUGCGGAAGCUUUAGAUGAUGACAAAGUCCGGGAGAAGGAAGAGUUGAUCCAGCAGGCAAAUGAUGUCUUGAAAGAACGCGAAUCGGUGUUAGAGGAAGAGACCAAGAAGGCCAUUGCCGCGUUGCCUCCACAGGAAGUAUGCGAG